CUUAAACAUUAUAAAUAGUUUGGCUUAAGGUUUAAAUUUGUAUCAAACACGUCUCUAUCUUCUAACGGUAAACUUUACAUUUCAACAAUUUUAAUCAACAUGUUCAAAUUCGCUGUUGUCAUCUUCGCUUUGAUUGCCUGUGCUGCUGCCAAACCUGGUUUGAUUGGUGCUCCUUUGGCUUAUACUGCUCCAGCCGCUGCUGUAGUUGCUGCCCCUGCUGGUGUUGUUACUGCCACCAGUAGUCAAUAUAUUGCCCGCAAUCACAAUGGUAUUGUCUCCACGCCUGUUGUUGCUCCUGUAGCUGCGCCAGUUGUUGCCAAAACUAUUGCUUACACUGCCCCUGUAGCUGCUGCUUAUACUGCUCCUGUUGUUGCCAAAUACGCUGCUGCCUAUUCUUCACCCUUAGCUUAUUCUCAUCCUUUGGCCUACUCUGCUCCCUUGAGUUAUGCUGCUGCUCCAGCUUCAGUUUUCUUUUAAAAACUUUUCACACAA